GUACAAACAAGUGCGUACAUAUGCGAAAAUGUUGAAAUAUCAUGUAACUUAUAAAUCUUAAACUUGUAUAACUAAUUUUCAUUGAAAUGGUUCGUGCUCAAACUCUACGUCAGCUGCUGAUAGCCAGUGGUUUAGCAGUAUGCAGUAUCUCGGAUGGCUACAUCUUCGGCCAGAUGUCUGGGAUGAUAGAUGCAUUAAGCUCGAAAAACUCUUCCGUUCCGUCACUUACUGAAGAUGAUUUAUCAUGGAUGGCAUCUUCAAUCAACAUACUGUGUGUACUUGGCUUCGGGCUAAUGGGAUUGAUAACGGAAUUCCUUGGCCGGCGGACAGCUAUCGCAAUUGUAAGCUUACCAGUGUCAGUUUGCUGGGUCCUUAUCUACUUCGCCCACGACAGAAUUCUCCUACUUCUGACCAGGAUAGUACUCGGUGUAUGCUUUGGAGGUAUUCUGGUAUUGGUUUACAUUAGCAUUGCGGAGUACCAGCCUCCGCAAAUCAGGCCAUUGUCCAUAACCCUGAUCGCGAGUGUGGGAUCUCUUGUUGGAACGGCUCUGGGACACAUCUUGAGCAUUUUAAUGAAUUGGAGACACGUUGCUCUUAUCGGCGUCAUUCCUUCUGGCUUAUCGGUUAUCCUACCGCUUUUUUGGUUGGAGAGUCCUCCCUGGUUGGCGUCGAAAGGCCGUUUUGAAGAAAGUGAAAAGGCAUUUAACGCCCUCCGCGUGCAGAGCGAUGCGUCUGACAAUGAAUUGCGACUAGUACUUGCAUAUGAAAAGAAAAAGCGUUGUGAGAUAUCAUUGAGCACGGAAAAAGUUGUAUUUGGAAAGAAAAUUGCCGUGGCUGUCAGGCAGAGCUAUUUUUGGAAGAUAGCCAUGUUCAGUAUUGUCAUAUGCGUGUACCGAGUAGCGAGUGGCCGUAUUUUGUUCAGUACAUUGGCCAUCACGAUUUUGCAAGAUAUAACGGGGACUACAGACAUUCUUUUAUUCACUCUAACAGUGGAUGGGUUGACCAUAAUGGGCGCGGUGUUUUCGUGCUAUUUUUUGUGCAGGUUUAAAAUACGUGGUCUGUUUUUUACAUCUGGUGUUAUUGCUAAUGUAUUUUUGGUUAUAUUUGGACUGUGUUUGUAUAUGUUUCCAGACAACAAUCUAUAUUUAUCGUGGACGAAAGUUUCACUACUCGGUUCUUAUUUUGUGAUCAUAUUGGCCGGACCGUAUCCUAUUUUGGAUACAUUGAUAUCAGAGAUAUUUCCAAUAGAGAUUAAAUCAUUUUGCAUUGUAAUUAUAGGUUCCAUUGGAGGCACUUUACAGUUUUUAAGUAUAAAACUUGUACCUACCAUGUUGCCAUUAAUGGGAUAUCACGGAAUAUUUUUUCUUAAUGCAGCUAUUAUAUUUUUAUGUCUCCUAUAUAUGUGGUUUUACUUACCAGAAACUAAAGGCAGAAGCCUUCACGAAAUAGAGUAUUAUUUUAAAAAUAAUACUUUUGAUUAUGGUAAAGAUCUAUUUAUGUCAGAACAAACAAACGAUUUGCUGAAUGAAAGAAGUUAAAAGUAAAUUUAAGUAGUUAUAAUAAUAUUCAAAGCAAUCUAAAAUGCUUGCAUACGUAAAUAUUUAAUAUAAGUAGAGAGUUCUUGAGAGAAGUUACCUGAACUGUAAGUUUCCCAUCUUCUCUGUUAGUACGAAAAGACAAACAGACAGUUUAGUACUUUUCAAAAUUUAUUCUAAGGGCACAACAUUUUUUUUUUGAUAUCACUGCAGCAUGGUUACUAACGAGUGAGAUUAAAAAAUUUAGAGAUUGAUUAGAUAAAAUUUUGAGAUGAGAUUUAAUUUCGUAGUGCUUAUCUUUUCCAACCCUUCAGUUCUAUAUUAAAACCCCGACGCAAAUCGACAGGAUUAUUAGUUUUACGUGUCUUUCUGUGGCAUUGUAUUUCUGGAACGCAUGAACUGAUUUUGUUUUGUCUUGUUUGAUAGGUGAAUUAGUCGGUAGUUUUCUUGCCUAUGUUGGAUGAAAAUCGGUCCAAGAAGGCCAUGGCAGAUUAUAAUUUUUUUUCAACUCUCUCAAUAUGGGU